AUGAAUAACAUAAAAACAAAAGAAGAUUUGGAACUGGAGUUCUCAAGUUCUGGCGAGAAGGAGAGGGCAAAAGAGGUCCUACUAGCUCGAUUACGAAAGGAUGGUUGGGUGACCGAGGUGAAAGCUAUGGCUCGACGGAUGAUAAAGGAAAGAGGCGUGGAAAAUGUGAAUCUUGAAAUGUUAUACGAUGAGCUGAAACAACCAGCGCGGCGACUGGUUUCCGAAGAUGCGAAGAAGGAGCUGUAUCUGAUUGUAAGAGAUUGGGUCGCUCAGCGAUGUGAUGUGGAAUUAUAA